GGGCGGGCUCGGCCGGGAAUGUAGAGACCCGGGCGGGAGCCUCCCGGCGGCGGUGGCGGCCGGGCUGCGGAGCGCAGAGGCUCCGUCACGUGUUUUUCUCCUCCGAGUGAGACGGCGGCGCGGUCGGAGGGGGCCGGCGCGCAGAGCCAGACGCCGCCGCUUGUUUUGGUUGGGGCUCUCGGCAACUCUCCGAAGAGGAGGAGGAGGGAGGAGGGGAGAAGUAACUGCCGCGGCAGCGCCUCCCGGGGAAGAGGCGUCCUCCCCGACUCCUUCCCCAACCUCUCCCCCCUUCGCCUCCCGCCCUCGUCCCCUCCCCUCCUCCCCUGCCGACUGGAGCGAGGGGCAGGGAUGAGCCUGUCCCUCCAGCGCGUCCCCAGCUCCUCAGGCUGCCUAGUCGCGUUUCGCGUGGACAAGCCACUUUCUCCGCCUGCCGAGAUGGGCCCUAACGGGGGCUGCAGAGGACGUGUCCGCGGCCGGCGGCAGCAGCAGCAGCAGCAGCAACAGCCGCAGCGCCGCGGUCUCUGCGAUUGAGCUGGUAUUUGGGCGGCUGGUGGCGGCGGGGACGGUUGGGGGGUGGGAGGAGGCGGAGGAAGAGGCGAAGGAGGAGGAGGAGGAGGGAGAACCCCGUGCAACGUUGGGACUUGGCAGUUCGCCUCCCACUGCCCAAGGAUAUUUAAUUUGCCUCGGGAAUCGCUACUUCCAGAGGGGAACUCAGGAGGGAAGGCGCGCGCCUGGAGGGGCAAAGCGAGGACCCCCGGCCGCCGCCUGCCUGCGCCGGACUCUGGCCCCGGCGGCGAGAGAUGUAUUUUAGCUUCUUCCCGGCCGCGGCGGCUGAGAAGAGACUUGGCUCUCGGGGGAUCCGGGCUGCACUCGCGCCGGACGCGCUGCCUCCCCGCAGGGCAUGAAACGCCAGUAAACUCCGGUCGGGGCUAUCUCCUUGGCGCAGCUGCUGCGUCCACCUCUGCUGCCCCUCCCCGGCGCGGAGGGCGGCGUGGAUUUCGGAGUCGGGCUUUCUGCCGCCUCCAGCCCUGUUUGCAUGUGCGGGGCCGCGGCGAGGAGCCUCCGCCCCCCACCCGGUUGUUUUUCGGCGCCUCCCUCCGCUCGGCGGCGGUGGCGGCGGCAGCAUGGCGAGCCCUCCCGAGACCGACAGCUUCUCGGACGUGCGCAAGGUGGGCUACCUGCGCAAACCCAAGAGUAUGCACAAGCGAUUCUUCGUGCUGCGGGCGGCCAGCGAGGCUGGGGGCCCGGCGCGCCUCGAGUACUACGAGAACGAGAAGAAGUGGCGGCACAAGUCGAGCGCCCCCAAACGCUCGAUCCCCCUCGAGAGCUGCUUCAACAUCAACAAGCGGGCGGACUCCAAGAACAAGCACCUGGUGGCCCUCUAUACCCGGGACGAGCACUUCGCCAUCGCGGCAGACAGCGAGGCGGAGCAGGACAGCUGGUACCAGGCCCUCCUGCAGCUGCACAACCGUGCCAAGGGCCACCACGACGGGGCCGCGGCCCCUGGGGCGGGAGGUGGCGGGGGCAGCUGCAGUGGCAGCUCCGGCCUCGGCGAGGCUGGGGAGGACUUGAGCUAUGGGGACGUGCCCCCAGGUCCCGCCUUCAAGGAGGUCUGGCAGGUGAUCCUGAAACCCAAGGGCCUGGGUCAGACAAAGAACCUGAUUGGCAUCUACCGCCUCUGCCUGACCAGCAAGACCAUCAGCUUCGUGAAGCUGAACUCGGAGGCAGCGGCUGUGGUGCUGCAGCUGAUGAACAUCAGGCGCUGUGGCCACUCAGAGAACUUCUUCUUCAUCGAAGUGGGCCGUUCUGCAGUGACGGGACCCGGGGAGUUCUGGAUGCAGGUGGAUGACUCUGUGGUGGCCCAGAACAUGCACGAGACAAUCCUGGAGGCCAUGCGGGCCAUGAGCGAUGAGUUCCGCCCUCGAAGCAAGAGCCAGUCCUCCUCUAACUGCUCCAACCCCAUCAGUGUCCCCCUGCGCAGGCACCACCUCAACAACCCUCCACCUAGCCAGGUGGGGCUGACCCGCCGCUCGCGCACAGAGAGCAUCACUGCCACCUCCCCGGCCAGCUUGGUGGGAGGGAAGCAGGGCUCCUUUCGGGUCCGUGCCUCUAGUGAUGGAGAAGGCACCAUGUCUCGCCCGGCCUCUGUGGACGGCAGUCCUGUGAGUCCUAGCACCAACAGGACUCACGCCCACCGGCAUCGAGGCAGCUCCCGGCUGCAUCCGCCUCUCAACCACAGCCGCUCCAUCCCCAUGCCUUCUUCUCGCUGCUCGCCUUCGGCCACCAGCCCCGUCAGUUUGUCGUCCAGCAGCACCAGUGGCCACGGCUCCACCUCGGACUGUCUCUUCCCGCGGCGGUCUAGCGCUUCUGUGUCUGGUUCCCCCAGUGAUGGCGGUUUCAUCUCCUCGGAUGAGUAUGGCUCCAGUCCCUGCGACUUCCGAAGUUCCUUCCGCAGCGUCACUCCGGAUUCCCUGGGCCACACCCCGCCGGCCCGCGGGGAGGAGGAGCUGAGCAACUACAUCUGCAUGGGUGGCAAGGGGACCUCCACCCUCACGGCCCCCAAUGGUCACUACAUUUUGCCUCGGGGUGGCAACGGUCACCGCUACAUCCCAGGAGCUGGCUUGGGUACGAGCCCAGCCCUGACAGGGGAUGAAGCAGCCAGUGCUGCUGAUCUGGAUAAUCGGUUCCGAAAGCGGACUCACUCUGCUGGCACAUCGCCUACCAUUUCCCACCAGAAGACCCCAUCCCAGUCCUCUGUGGCUUCCAUUGAGGAAUAUACCGAGAUGAUGCCUGCCUACCCACCAGGAGGUGGCAGUGGAGGCCGAGUGCCCAGCUACCGGCACUCCGCCUUCGUGCCCACCCACUCCUACCCAGAGGAGGGUCUGGAAAUACACCCCUUGGAGCGGCGUGCGGGCCACCACCGCACAGACACCUCCAACCUCCACACCGAUGAUGGCUAUAUGCCCAUGUCCCCAGGGGUGGCCCCAGUGCCUGGCAGCCGAAAGGGCAGUGGGGACUACAUGCCCAUGAGCCCCAAGAGCGUGUCUGCCCCGCAGCAGAUCAUCAACCCCAUCAGACGCCAUCCUCAGAGAGUGGACCCCAAUGGCUACAUGAUGAUGUCCCCAAGUGGCAGCUGCUCUCCUGACAUUGGAGGUGGGCCCAGCAGUGGCGGCAGCAGCGGCGCCGGCCCUUCUGGAAGCAGCUAUGGCAAGCUCUGGACGAAUGGGGUAGGGGGCCACCACUCUCACGCCCUGCCACACCCCAAGCUCCCCGUGGAGAGCAGCAGUGGCAAGCUCUUGUCUUGUACAGGUGACUACAUGAACAUGUCGCCAGUGGGGGACUCCAACACCAGCAGCCCUUCCGACUGCUACUACGGCCCUGAGGACCCCCAGCACAAGCCAGUCCUCUCCUACUACUCACUGCCAAGGUCCUUUAAGCACACCCAGCGCCCGGGGGAGCUGGAGGAGAGCACCCGGCACCAGCAUCUCCGCCUUUCCUCCAGUUCUGGUCGACUCCUCUAUGCUGCGGCAGCGGAAGAUUCCUCCUCAUCCACCAGCAGCGACAGCCUGGGCGGGGGAUACUGCGCGGCUAGGCCGGAGCUCGGCCUCCCGCAUCUCCACCAUCAGGUCCUGCAGCCUCAUCUGCCUCGGAAGGUGGACACAGCUGCCCAGACCAACAACCGCCUGGCUCGGCCCACAAGGCUGUCCCUAGGGGAUCCCAAGGCCAGCACCUUACCUCGGGCGCGAGAGCAGCAGCAGCAGACGCCCCUGCUGCACCCUCCGGAACCCAAGAGCCCCGGGGAAUAUGUGAAUAUUGAAUUUGGGAGCGAUCAGCCGGGCUACUUAUCAGGCCCGGUGGCGUCCCACAGCUCACCUUCUGUCAGGUGUCCAUCCCAGCUCCAGCCAGCUCCCAGAGAGGAGGAGACUGGCGCGGAAGAGUACAUGAACAUGGACCUGGGGCCGGGCCGGAGGGCGACCUGGCAGGAGAGCACCGGGGUCCAGCCGAGCAGGGUGGGCCCGGCGCCCCCCGGAGCUGCUAGCGUGUGCAGACCGACCCGGGCAGUGCCCAGCAGCCGGGGUGACUACAUGACCAUGCAGAUGGGUUGUCCCCGGCAGAGCUACGUGGACACCUCGCCAAUCGCCCCCAUCAGCUAUGCCGACAUGCGGACCGGCAUCGUUGUGGAGGAGGCCAGCCUGCCUGGGGCCACCGCGGCCACGCCCUCCUCAUCCUUGACGGCCUCUGCUUCCUCCGCUGCGCCUCAAGGAGCAGGGGAGCUGGCGGCUCGCUCUUCCCUGCUGGGGGGCCCGCAGGGACCCGGGGGCCUGAGCGCCUUCACACGGGUGAACCUCAGUCCCAACCGUAACCAGAGUGCCAAAGUGAUCCGUGCCGACCCGCAAGGGUGCAGGAGGCGGCACAGUUCCGAGACCUUCUCCUCGACGCCCAGUGCCACCCGGGCGGACAACACGGUGCCCUUCGGAGCGGGGGCUGCAGCCGGGGGCAGCAGCAGCACCGAGGAUGUGAAACGCCACAGUUCUGCUUCCUUCGAGAACGUGUGGCUGAGGCCUGGGGAGCUCGGGGGAGCCCCCAAAGAACUAGCCCAAGUGUGCGGGGCUGCUGGGGGUUUGGAGAAUGGUCUUAACUACAUAGACCUGGAUUUGGUCAAGGACUUCAAACAGCGCCCUCAGGAGCGCCCCCCGCAACCGCAGCCUCCUCCACCCCCGCCCCCUCAUCAGCCUCUGGGCGGUAGUGAGAGCGGCUCCACCGAGGAUUUAAGCGCCUAUGCCAGCAUCAGUUUCCAGGAGCCCCCGGAGGACCUCCAGUAGCUCAACUGGACAUCACAGCAGUUCACUUUCAUGGUCGCACUCAAGCAUUCGGCACCCAACCUCCUUACUCCCUCCAAGACUGAAUGAAUAACUAGUUCUUAAUAUAGUGUAGUAGGAUUAAGUAUAAAGGUUAAAGAUCUUUGUGAAGACUCUCUGGACACCAAGGUCUCAUAGUUCUGAGAGUUCAAAAGAAUGCCUCUUGCUGGAUGAGUGACUGCUGGGGUUUGUAGUACCAGAGACUGUUGUCUAUAUUUUUAAUGCCAUUGGUGGUUGGUGAAAAUAUUCAUGCUAUUUUCCUAGACUAGAGAGUUAAACUUUCUAACAGUCCUCAGGUGGCUCACAAAGGACUGGAAAGGAAAUGUGGUCCUGGAAAGGCACCCAGAGCCCGAGGACGUGAGGCAUCUUGAACGACUCUCCCUCUGACUCUUCACCAAAGCUGCCCUCUCCCCACGGACACAGGAAGCUGGACCAGAUGAGGACUUCAACUUGAGUGGAAAGCAAUGACCAAAAUGGACUCAAAGACUUUUAAAUGGGUUGAAAGAGGUUUUCCCACCUGAGCACAAGUCCAGAUCUUGAUAAUGCAGAGUUGCUAACGAUUGGAGAGCAAACCCAAAGGGUUGCCAACAUCCUACUCAAAGCCAAGGCAGGACGUUUAACUCUUUGCCCCAGAUCUUCUACCAGGAAGUAUUUACUUUUUUCUUUUACCAGACUCCCCAAGGCCUUAAAUAGUCCUGAGGUUACAGAACAAAACAAAGUGGGGCAGCUGUAUAAAAUAUGUCAUGGUGGGGGAGGGGAGGGAGAUCCCUAAAGUGUUUUGGGGGGCUGGCCAAGUAGGGGUAUUUAUAGCCUACUCUUGGCAGCUCCCACCUACCCCCCCAACUCCUGCCUUGAUCACUGUUUUUGCCCCUCUUCCCAAUUCCAGUGCACGCUUUAAACCACAGCUAAACAAUAAUUUUUUUUCAAAGUUAGUCCCGUCCCUCUGGUUAGAUUAAGGAAUAUAAAUAUUACAUUUUUUAAAAAGAAUGGGUAGUUACUUAAUUUCUGAAAAUAUUUUACAUCUGGUAGUCGGGUAUGGAUGUCAUUGGGAUUAUAAUUAAAGCUUUCCCUUUUGCCUAAACUCUGUGUGUGUGUGUGUGUGUGUGUGUGUGUGUGUGUGUGUGGAGGUGGGGCGGAGCUUUAGGGUGUGGAAAGUACAGUCCAGUAAAAAGGGUUCUAUUCCUAAAACUAGGUCUUUAAAGAUAUCUUGCAUCCUGAGCCUUGGUCCCUUGAAAGCCCCUGCAAAGGACGACCUUCAGAAAGUGUGCGGGCUUGUUUUUUCUGGGGCCUUUGAACCAGGUGAGGAAUGUGUCUCAAGACGGAAAAAUGAAUGGCUGGUGCUUUUAGCCUCCAGCUUGAAACUCUCUGGAGGAAUGUUAUUGUGCCUUCAGAGCCUGCUUCCCACCACGCUGGGCUCUUGGAAAGCAUCUUUGUAGGAUCAAGUACUCAACAAAAACCCAUGCCACUCAAUUCGAUCUAAUUCAUCAGCUAGUUUUAGGUGGAUUUUAAAUGAAUCUCUUCGCUAAGAAGAGAGCCCCCUUCUGUGGCUCCCUCCCCACCCCAACUGAGAUGAUUUAUGGUUACUGAGGAGAUAAAGAAAAUUCAGGCUUUUUUUUGGGUUGGGGAAUAUUAUUUUUUAAAAUAGCGGCAGGAGGUAUUUAGGGACAUAAAUAAAGAGUUCUUAGCUCUGAUGAGUUCAGAAUAGAUUGCCACCAUCUGUAAAAUUGCAUUUGCAGUGUAAAGUCAAUACAUUUAUAUGAUCAAAGAAAACAUUUAAAGUAUUCGAUUUGCUGCGUUCUAGUGUACCUAGCACCUGGUCUCUUUCCUUGCUUUCAGAAAGUUUACCUGUUUCUGAGAGAUGCUGGAAACCCCUAACCUGGCUCUGAUUACUGGUUUAAUGCUACUCUUUCCUACUAAAAAUUGUAAACUAUUUGAGAGUAGUCUCACUAAGUGUUUCAUGACUCCAAUAUCUGUGGAAGUGCUCACUUACCGAAUUAUAAAUUUAUCAACAAACAGUUCAGUAGAGAAUCGUUGAGCCAAGGGAGAGGACAGCUUUAGAAAAAUCCCAAACAAAAACAAAACUGUGGCUAUAUUUUGAGUACCUAAAGCCAUUUCAUUUGCCAAAUAUUUAAAAAAUCAAAUUCAGAUUUAACAAUAUAUUAAAAAAUAGUCAAACAAAAUUACAGGAGUCUUUGCAAUCUGAUAUGACCGGAUAUGAAAACUUGGGGAAAAUUAAUUACAGCUGCCUCAUUUCUGUGUCUGAAAUCCUUGGAUCCUUCCUCUGUUCCCCCAAACCGUUCUUUUAAAGAUUGACAGAAACUUUGCUUUGUUUUGACAAGAUUUAUUUCUCUGCUUCCAACAGUAGUUCAUCAACUUUUAUUCUACUAAUAGAGUUCUUCUGAUGUUAAUUGUAGUCUACGGAUCUAGGUCAGAGCAUAGCAUUUUCACUGAGGUUUAAAGAUAUCAAAAGCAAUGAGAAAAGUAUUUGAAAAAUAAUUAUUGUAUCAUAGUUACCUCCUUUUUUAAAAAAGAGGCCAGUUAUUAAGUAUGUGGUUCAUAGAAUACCCUUCUAAUUUGUCCCUGUGCUCAUUCUUUUUCUUCCUCUCGAGUAUAUUGUUGCUAAUUAGCCCUUCUACUAAAAUACAGGUAAAAAGUCUGGGAAAAGGAAUUAAACUUAAAUGAGUCCAUUUUGCCAGUGUGAUACUUCUUAUUACUCUACUAAAAAGUUACCUUGGUCUGGGCAGUUGAUCCUAACAGCCAAGAUAUGAGACUUUUCCCCUGCCUUCUGUUUCUGCACUUGAUUUGAGGCUGGGCUAGUUUGAUGGCCAAAGAAGUAAAGUGUGUGUUCUCAACUAGCUUAUCAGCUAUUAUAGCAAUUCUUUUUAAACACUGCUUGAAAUUUUAAGUAUUACGCUAGCACUUAGCAUCCAAGCAAUUUUACAUGUAGCAAAACAUUUGUCGCCCUUUAAUAUAAAACCCCACAAGUCCCCAGGACCUGUAACAUAAACGUGUCCUAUUUUAUUUUAAAUAGGACUUCAGUUUUCUUGGUCCUGCACAGUCACGUUGGCAUUCAUGCUGUUUUCUAAAGCUUAAAAGUGUUUCCAACGGGUAAGCGUCUGGUAUUGAGCUAGGCUAUUUUUCUCUCUGCCAGGGUGGUUGCCUGGGUUUACAUGCUUAGUGCAAUGGGUCUGGCAUUUGGUUGACACUAUUUGUUGUAGAUACUGAAUGAAUGAAUGUGGGACCAUAUGUUUUUAAACCACAGUAUGGGAAAGGUGCCAACACCUCAUUUAUCUGGAGAGCAGAAUCAUAUUCUAUUCAUGAGGACAGAGAGUUUUUCUUAGCUACCUUACCACAGUCUGACACUUGGUGGGUACUUCUUGUCUUAAACGUUUCCAUUCAUUCCAUAAUUAAACUCUUGUAAUUACUGAGCCUGGAAAUUUGAAGAAAUCAUAACCAGUCUUAAAGAUAGUUGUGGGGACUCGCCAAAGACUCAAAUGUUAGUAGACCAGAAUGUUCUGGUUAAUUAAUGCAACAAGGAGUUAGUGAGAUACUACUGAGUGUCAGGCAUAUCCCUAAGUUCUUGAGGUUACAGCUGUAAAGGAAACAGAUGAAAAUUCAGGCCCUCAUAGAGCUUUUUUUUCUUGAGGACUGGUUGAAGGAGAGGCUAGAAAGGAUUAGCCUCCUUGGGAAACAAAUAAGACCCAUGAGAGAAGGAACAGGGACUGCUGACCCUUUUUAUGGACUUGAGGGGUUGACAUUGGUUUGUUCAUGUACUUUUACUUUAAAACUCAUCACAUCCUUUUGCCUGGAUCUAAGAACAUCAUUUGUACUCCUUGUGGCUUUUCAGUCAUGAUUAAAGUUACCUUGUGACUCAUAAAUGAAGCAAAGUCAGAUUUCUCUGAUGUCAUAGGGCAGGAUUUGAAAUAGAAGGAAAUAAGCCUUGAAACUGGUGUGUGUCUGCUUGAGAGAAGAUUGUCUUACAUGAAAGGCAAGAUCUGGAACAGAUGACACCUAGGGAUAGGGUGUGAGGGGUGUGUGAUAUCUCCAGGAGGCCCCGGAAACAACUGGGACUGCCUACAGGUGUGGCCACCAUUGUGUGCUGGGUCACGUGUGUGUGUUGAUGUCAUGAACCACAGUUUAUGUUGUGGUUUUGGAUGGUAGUAGUUUUCACUGUAUAUUAAGAGGUUUCUUUUGAAGACUAUUAUGUAAAACUGGUAAUGUGUCAUAUCAAUUCUGAAGUUUCAUUUGAAAAUUCUGUUGGAAAAUUAUUUAAUAUGUUUACAUCUACUCCUUGUACAAAAUGUUUGGGAGGAAAGACCAAUAUCUUGAAACUACUCUUUGAAAAAUGUUUUUAUUUUGAUAUUACUGUGUAAUUUACUAAUAGGAAUCUUCAGGUAUGUUCCUGUUACAUCCAUACAUCAUAAGCUUAAAUCCCACCAUUUUAAGGUAACUUUUCUUGUGAUCACCAGCUUUUAUGGUGAGGAAAUGUGAGAUUAUUUCCCUCAUUCUGAUUUCAGUAGUGGUGACAAGUGAUGACCCCUGGUCCUUUUUUUUUUUUUAAGUGAAUAUAUGUUAUAUUUUAUUAGGAGAUUUAAAUUUAUAUAGUAAAAAAAAAACUUCUAUAAGGUACAAUAAUAUUCUAAAAACAAAUUAAAAAUAAAACACAAUGAAUACAUUUAAAUGUGCAGAAGAUAAAACAAGAAAUCAUAACAACAUUGGUACUGUUAUUAAUCAGUUUGCUAAAAGAGGAAAUAAGACUGGA